AUGGCUCCACCAAGUUCGUGCAAGGACAAGUUCUAUGAGAAGGUCAUCAACCCUGACAUACCGGAGGUAAUGAAACACCCUCAAGCCAUUGAGAUCCAUGAGGGGGUGCUUCACAUCCGGGACGUUCAAGGGCCCAAGAAAACCGGAAGCGCGGAGGCCAGGCUUGAAUCAAUGGAGCAGGAGAUCUUCAAGUGCCAAGGGAUGGUGGAGCAUGGACUUAACGCCAACCACUCCAUGAUCACAAAAUUUACCUGUGAGAACAAGGUAGACAACAAGGAGAUUGGAGAUGCCAUCUUCAAGCUCAAUGAUCGAAUUGACUAUCUUCAGGCCCAAGUCUAUGCUCUCCAAAAUCAAAAUUUUGAUUAUGAGGCCAAAUUUAAAGUAUGA